ACCAAUUCCCUUACCUCUCUCACAUUUUCUCUCCGAGGAAACUACGUAAUUAACUUGCUAGGUAAAAAUAUAUGGGGGACUUGAGAACAUUGGCAAUGGCAAGAAUGGAGCUUGAAGAAUUGUAUUUAGGAAUCCCAGAUGAUUCAGUCAACCUCACUUUUGAGGACCUGGCAAUACAUGUAAAACAACACAUAAGUAGCACUACAUCAGAGAAGAUCAACACCACUACCACCAGUUUGGAAUCAAUCCAAGAAGUCGUCCAAACCCCUAAACAAGCUGCUCCUCUAACCAAGUUGCCUAGCCUUGAUUUCAACAAGGGUUUACAGGCUUCCAAAAACCAUCACCAAUCUCAUCACCUUGAUCAUGUUUCUGAAGGGCACCCAUUUGAUAAAUCUCAUAAACAUUACCUGCAUGACGGGACUCAUCGUCCAUAUGGCAGUGGAGGUCAAUAUCAUGAUCAAAGCCAUCAUGUUCAUGCAAAUAUAGGUCCGAAAAGUCCAUCAAAAUCAAGGUUUGCAAUGGAGAGAAGCAGGGAAUAUGAUGAUGAUGAUGUGAGUGUUAUGAACAUGAAUUCUAUGUACCAAGAAAGAAGUGGAAGACCUCGUCGCCCUGGAAUCCCUCACUCCAAUAUUUGCACCGUUUGCUCUACUUACAUCUAUAUUUUUCGACAUCGUUGCUUGGUUUGUGGAAGAGUUUUUUGCAGGAAUUGUGUGAGCGCAGGAAUGGGAGAGAUGACAGAAGGAAGAAAAUGCAUUGAGUGUUUAGGAAGAAAGUUCAGCCAAAGGUACAUAAAUAGAGCAGGAAUAGUAGGGUGCUGUUCAGGGUAUCCUAGUGCUGUUAAGCAGGCAGAGCUCAAGUGGGCUGAGAAGGGGCCAAGAAAGGCAGGAGAAAGAGCAUUUGGUCAUAGCACCAUGACCUCAAGAUCAAGAAGCCCUCUGACUCCAAGGACCCCAAGAACUCCAAAUAAGGCAGCUGGUGUUAGCAUGAGCCAAGAUCUACCUUCUUUUGUUACUAGCGCACCUUAUUCUCCUUACAGUACUCCUAAACAUCACCACCUGCCCUUGUAGGAAGGGUCCUAAUUCCACUUCCAAAUUUUAUUUCGGUCUAAGAUCAGUUUCUUAAUGUGUUAAUUUGUUUUCGUCAUUUAUAUUGUUGUUCUUUCAUUUGUUUUUUUUUUGGUUAAAAUCAAAAUCUUUAAGGUUUCAGCAUGUGAGCAGAUUAGGAUGCUUUAUGUUUGAUAGUUCUUGUACUUGAUAUAUUUUAUUUACUAAUAAUUUGUGAUUUAAAUGUUGGAUCAUUUUUCUAAAUUUAGGUGUACUAUCUGUAAAAUAAUUAUAAAUUGGAGUAAAAGUGUGACUUUUUUUUUGGUACAAAAGAUGAUAAGGCAGCCACCAAGGCCUGCCCACUGCCAACACCAGAAAAAUCAUCCAUUAGCAA